AUGCCCUUGGCGAGGCCAAACUUCUCGUGUGGGCAUUCCACCUUGAGGGAAUGCUCGAGUGCUAGAGCUCUUGCUGAAGCAUCUAGGUUGGGCCUAGCUGGGCUAGCUAGAAGGUCCUCUAACCUGGAGAUCCCACUCCUUGCCCGCGCUAGGAGGCGCGUCAUCAAUAGCAAUUGCAGGAAAUUUGUUGAUUAUUCCGAUAAAUCAAACACUAUACUUUCUUGUAAAAGGAGAGCAGGGCUUCGAAGGUUGAAGGUUUUGUCAAGUGUACAUGACUCUUUAUCUAAUAGGAGGUGGUUUGAGAACACCGACAAAGAACACAUUGACGAUUUUACUUGGCAGUCGUCACUAAUUGGGUGGAUGAGAGAGAUGGAGGAUGUUGUGAGUAUAGAAAAAACUUUUUUUUAUGAGAACUCAAGGAAUAUCAAUUUUUAUGGCGUUUAUGAUGGUCAUGGUGGUUCGGAUGUUGCUUACGCUUUUCGUGAGCGGUUACACAAUUUGUUGGCGGCGGAGGUGGAUAUAGAAAAUAGAAACACAACAGAGAUGAAUUGGGAAAGUUUGAUGGUGGAGAGUUUCACUAAGAUAGAUGAGGAAUUAAAUGAAAUUGAUCUUGUCCAUUCCUUGGAUUCCAAUAUUUUUGUUGCAGUGGUCGGUGAUAAAGAAAUGGUGGUUGCUAAUUGUAAUGAUUCAAGGGUUGUUCUUUCAAGAGGUGGUGCCACUAUGCCCUUAUCGGUUGACCACAAAAUAGACUCGAUGAGUUAG